AAAAGGUUGCUUUCCUCUAGACCAAAUAUUUUCUUAACGUUUUUUUUUUUAUCCCAUUCUUUUCUUUUAAACAAUACGCCAGUACAAGUAGAAAAUAUUGUAUACCAAUGAGCAAAUUAGCUAUUAUACCCACCUAAAUAUAAAGCAUAUUUUCUUUUCGUUACCAAUGUUACUUCGAAGAAGCAGGCAUUUUGAAUGAACUUGAGUUCUUAUGCAAAGUAAAGAAAAUAUACUUCGGCUGAAGCGUCAAAUAAUCAGGUUUGCGACUCAAGUUUAUUUUUUUGCACACCCUUAAUUAAUCUCUUAAGAAAAAGGGGAAAUACAUAGAACUGCCAGGUGAUACUUUUAAAGGCUGUAGGUGCUUAGCGCUUUUAAUUGCUCAGAAACAAGCAGAUCUUUGCAAGGAAAUCGAAUGAGAUUCUUAUCCCGAAUUCAUGUGAAACUAGGCUUUAGGGAACUAACGAUCAUGCUGAGAAUCGACAGGUUUUAACCUCUGUGCGUUAAAUGUACAUGCGUAUUAGUAAUCGUUGUGUUUUCAAGGAAACAGAUGUUUCGCUGAAAAUGUGCCGCUAAUUCCUUCCUGGUGCGGCUCCGCUUUGCUAGAAAACUGAUGACGCUUUCCGGAUAAACUAAAGCUCUUUUCAAUAUCAAAAAUAAUAACAGCCACAACGAAAAAAUUAUGAAAAAAAUUAUGGGAUUUUUCAUUCAGGAAACGAAAUAUGCCUUCUUUGUAGUGCGGGAUCCGCGAGAACAAACCACGGACAAAAGCAAGGAUAUUCCAGUUUUGUUUCGUCCACUUUACGGUGAAAGCACUUUGAUAAAAAUUCUACCCUGAGACACAGGCUCGCACAAUUAGCCAUUAUCUGUUGCUGGGACAAUCUGUGAUCAUUAUUUAUUCACAAGCACUUCGCACUUCGGGUUCACAGAAACUUAUUAACCACCAAGCGAAUGCACGAUACGGUAAAUAUCACCCACGAAUAUUCAUUACUCCCUGGUAGGUCAGUCCUUAUAAUGUUUGCAAUUUUUCUGUUUCAAUAAUUAGCACUCAUGUCGUCGACGACUUUUAGGCAAUGAUACAAUUCCGUUUUGACGACCGUGAAUGUUCUUAUUAUUAAUGCCUCCAGCUUCGCUAACGAGUGCCAAUUUCAAGCGCGAUUUUCCAUCUACAAGUUGGAUGGCUGCUUGUCACUAAGAUAGCCUUCAGGAUUUUACUGGUGUUUCAAUCUAGAAGGCAGAAUUACGCUGCCAUCAUGGAUACAGUCCUAGGCAGCAUUGGGUUACUGCUUAUUGUGAGUGGGAUGGUGCAAGCAAGUACAAGGGCACCAGAUAGCCCAAACAAAGAAAUUAACGAAGGUUUUUAUCUUCCUUCAAGUGCCAUCCACGCAAAAAAUGACACCACGAUUUUUGAACUGCGAAAUAUAACCUUCAGCGGAAAUGUUCUAGCGGAGGAUGAACUGGCUCGAUUUAGUUUCGACGAGAAAUGUUCCCGAGGUCUUCCAUUGUCAGCAGCGUGGCAGUAUUACGGUCCGUAUACAAAGCCAAACAUACGUAGUGGCCAAGUUGCCGUGGAAGGAAUCUUUCCGCACAUGAUUAAUAAGAUGCUUCGCGUUUGUUGUAACAGCUCUGCGACCGUAAAAUUUGGAAAAAUCUAUGAUUCUAUUCGCGGUCUGGAGGGCCAUUUAGACCAACCGAACGAAGCUUAUGAUUUCAGCUUUCCCAUCACUGGUCUGAGUUUGGAAGACGAAGUAUUUAAAGACAUGCCUUACAUUCCAUUCGUACAGGCUCCUAGAGUGGCUCUACUUGUUCAUGAAACGGCAGAGGACAACAAAACUACUCAGCUGAUGAACACUGUGUUCAAAGCAUGGCCCAUUCUCAUUUUCAUACUUGUUGCAGCGACUCUUUCUGGUAUCAUCAUUUGGCUUCUGGACCGCCUAAAGAAUCCGGAUGAAUUCCCACGUCCGUUUAUCAAUGGCACCUGGGAGGGUUUUUGGUGGGCUUUUGUUACCAUGACAACGGUUGGAUACGGUGACCGCGCACCCAAGUCGUUUUUGGCGCGGAUCUUUUGUAUCGUGUGGAUCCUGGUGGGGAUUAUUAUCAUUGCAAUAUUCACCGCUAUCGUAACUGCCUCGCUAUCAGCCAGUAUCCAACAUCAUUUCACUGUCCACGGCUCUGUGAUUGGAGCAGUAAAUGGUAGCGAGGAAUUCCGUCUUGGAGUCAGUUUGAACGCUGACAUGAAACCAUAUCAUUCUAUACCGAAAAUGAACUCUGACCUGCUGGCCGAAAAGCUAAAAGGCUCUUUGAUAGACAACUAUGUGCUGACAUAUUACAGUGAUUUUGUGAGAGUAAACGACGAGGUGCGAAUCGAGACUACCUUUGAACAUGCCAUCACCUAUGGUCUGGCCGUUCGUUCCAAUGCGUCAUCGGAUAAACUGGAGUGUUUUCGGCGUUAUCUUCGGAAUCACCCUCAGGAGGCGUUUGAAAUUAUUGCAAAGAACCUCGAACCACUCAAGAAUCCUACCGAUGAAGUUAGCCAGGAAGUGAAAGCCUCCGAGGGAUUGUUCUUCUUCAAAGAACAGACUUUUCAAAACGUUCUCUUCAUCUUGCUAGGGGUGCUGGGAUUUCUUCUCCUGGUCGGUGUAGUCUGGGAACUACUUUAUCAUCGACCAAAGCGACGUCAGAAGAAGAAGGACACAGAGGAUGACGGCGCCUUCAUUUCAUUAACCCCGGCACAAAAUAUAUGUGACUGUCAUGAAAUGUUCCUCAGUCAUCAGACAAUCCAGAGCAUCAAAUACAAAUCCGCAAAAAUCAAGGAGCUCAUCCGGGAAUAUGAGGAAUACUACGAGGCUUGGUUACAAAGGGUGCGUUCUGUUGAACACGAGGGAAAUGGUGUAACGCCACAGAUGGUUUGAAUGACUUCGCGUGACUCCAAAUAUAAGUGACAGAUUUAUUAAGCUUUUUUCGUCUUUUCCUUUAAAUCGCUAUUUCAAGAUCGAGAAUGUUCCUCCCUGUUGGUGAUCUUUAGGGCAUGUGUUCUUGUAGGCGAUGCAAUUACUAUUUAUGCCUAUUGGGGUAUUGAGUGUAAAUCUACUAGCGUUCUAUCACGCAUACCGUCCCCCUAUUGGCUACACUACUCACUAU